AUGUCUACGACUACACUGACCACCAAAUCUGAUAUGCUCUACUCGGAGAAAGAGGCUCGCGCCUCUCUAUCCGCAAGUAGUUCGAGUACCCUAUAUACCCUCAAUGACCAGUCACCCUUCCACGCCGACCGAACUCUUCUCAUCGACGCUCGCGGGAUCGGCUGUUUCCGACUCCCAAUUCCCAAUCGCCAGCUCGAAAUCGCCAUCACCCAUCCCGACGGCCGUCCGGCGUACGUCUCCACGCGCGACCGGCUCUGGUCCGGGAAUAGCCUGCUCUCCCACCAGAAACUCGGAGAGUCGAUUCGGACGGAGUACUUUUUCGGUCCGAAUCGGGAUCCCGUGUUGCAUUUGCUGCAGAGCUCGAGUGGGGAUGCGGAAGAGAUCCGACUCCGUGGGGAAUGGACUUCGCGCUCGACCCGCUGGACGACCCCCUCGGGGAGUGAGUUGCGAUGGUCGUAUGCGAAAGAGAAGCGUCCUGAUGGUCACAAGAUCAAUCUGAUCGUUCUGAGUGUGAUAGAGUACUCGGAUGGUGAUCGCAAAGGAUCGCAGACAUCGGAGCGUCGGCUGGCGCAGCUUGUGCGAUGCGCGGAGACGAGGACUCCGCAGACAUCCAGGUGUUCUGCGGGCAACGGGGGGACGUUGCAGAUGGACGAGGAGGCGUUGCGGGCAGCUGGGAUUGACGAGUCCGUCGUGGUGGCGACGUGUCUGGUAAUGUUGAAGAAAGAGGUGGACCGGCGUCGGCUGAUUCAAAUGAUGGUGAUGUCUGGGGCUGCGAGUGGGUGA